AAGGCCCUCCCCUUUUUUUUUUGUCUCUAAUAUCUGGCGCAAACCCUAGCUUAAUCACAAUGACCUGAAGAACAACACGCGCGAGGAAGAGAGAAGUCUCGGAGGGCUUGCGUCGCUCGCAGCUCCCGUGGUCGGAUUUCCGGUCCCCCGUUCUCGUGUCGAGUCGGACGGACAAAAGCGAGUUUCGCCUCGAAGAAGAUUCUUUGAAGUCGCCAUAAUUUCGAGUUCAUCAUUUUGACAAGAACGGGAUGUGCAGUCUUUUUAUUGAACUUGAGGAGAUUUCUUUGCCUACUAAAUCCAGAACUGUUGUUGGGCUUUUUUAAUCUGGUUGAUGCCGAUUGUUCAGAUGACCAAUAAUAGACCUGGGACUAAGGGAUUCGCAGAACAAAAUCACCACAAAAAUGAUGAUAGCAGGGAUAUAAGGGAUGGAGUCAGAGGUGAGGGCCAGGAGCUAGCAGAGCAAGAUGAGUUACAGAUCAAUGAGGACGUGGAAGGUGCAUUGAAUAGGAAGGUUGAAGGAAUAGAAUCGCAGGAUUUCGUGCAUGCUCAUCCUGUUAUUCCAAGAUCACAGCAGCAGUCAGAAGAGCCAUUGGUUCACUGGGAAAGGUUUCUACCUUUGAGGUCUCUGAAGGUACUACUGGUGGAAUAUGAUGAUUCAACUAGACAAGUUGUCAGUGCACUACUUCGAAAUUGUGGUUACGAAGUUACAGCUGUAGCCAAUGGUAUACAUGCAUGGAAAAUCUUGGAAGAUCUGACCAAUCCCAUAGACCUCGUUUUGACAGAGGUUGUCAUGCCUGGUCUAUCAGGCAUUGGACUUCUAUGCAAGAUCAUGAGUCACAAAACCUGGAAAAACAUUCCUGUGAUUAUGAUGUCAUCUCAUGAUUCCAUGAAUAUAGUCUUCAAAUGUUUAUCGAAGGGUGCAGUUGACUUCUUAGUGAAGCCUAUAAGAAAGAAUGAGCUUAAAAAUCUCUGGCAGCAUGUUUGGAGAAAAUGCCACAGCUCUAGUGGUAGCGGAAGUGAAAGUGGUAUAAGGACUCAAAAAUCAACCAAGUCAAAAAGUUGUGAGGACUCUGACAACAACACAGGCAGCAAUGAUGAGGAUGAUAUCGAGAGCAUCGGUGUUAGGGAUGGAAGUGACAAUGGAAGUGGCACUCAGAGCUCUUGGACAAAAAGGGCAGUGGAAAUUGACAGUCCUCGGAAGGCGUCCUCUUGGGAGCAGUUGGCUGAUCCUCCAGAUAGCACCUGUGCACAGGUUAUCCAUGCAAGGCCUGAUACGCUCAGCAGUAACUGGGUGCCUAUGACUGCAAUGAGGCAUGCUAAGGGAAAAUAUGAUGAACUUGACAAAGAUAUGAUGGGCAAGGACUUGGAGAUAGGAGCACCUAAUCUGCAGAUUGAAGAACCAAGUAAAAAUGAUAAAAUUACCACAGAUCCUACUGCCAACAAAACCUCUGAGAUUGACUACCGAAAAAAGGAUGAGCAAUUGGGGGAUAAACAAUUGGAGCUCAACAGUGAGAAACCAAAUGCCAAAACAGGUGCUGUAAUUAAUGGUAGCAACCCUCCAAUGGAAAGAGUCGAUUUUAAUAUUACCAAUUGCUCAUCCAAAGUGUCUGACGUGAAAGAUAAGGGUGCAUAUGAUACCAAGGAGACGCCGUCUCUUGAGCUCAGUUUGAAGAGGAUGAAAGAUGAUGUUGAGAGCAAUCCCCACGACAAAAAUGUUCUAAGACAUUCUGACCUCUCUGCUUUCUCAAGGUACAACUCUUCUUCUACUCCUAAUCAAACUCCAACCGGAAAUGUGGGUAGCUGUUCCCCAGCUGACAAUAGCUCAGAGGUAGACAAAACAGAGUUUAUGCAGAAUUUCCAGUCCAAUUCAAGUAGCCCUCCGCUGAAUCAAGGUUCCAAUGGAAGCAGUAACAAUAAUGACGUGGGUUCCACCACUAACAAUGCUUUCACGAAGCUAGAAACCAUCACUGACAAACCACCUUCUAAGUCUAUGUUGAAAUAUCUCCAUCAAUCGUCUGCUUUCCAACCAGUACAAAAUGGUGGUACGUGUCCUCCGCUUACAAUACAGGGUAAAGUAGACCCAGCAAUCGCUCACGUGAUUAUGUCACAAGCUAGGGGUGUGAAGCAUCAUGUUCAAGUGCAGCACCACCACCACCAUUACCAUCUCCACCACCACCACCAUGCGCAGAAUGUCACUCAAAUGCAGGAGCCAGCUGAGGAUCAUGACAUGGCUUCGAAAAGCACAGCAGCUGCUGCUCCACAGUGUGGGUCAUCCAACGGCAUGAGUACACCAUAUGAAGGCAUUGUUACCAAUAACAGCUACAAUGGGAGUGCCUCCGGCAGUAAUCAUGCAAUCGAUGGGCAGAAUGGGAGGAACCUCCCCACAAAUGAUCAAGAAACAAAUAUGGAUGUAGACAAUAAGAUAGCUGGAGAAAGUGGAGCCAAUGGUGGGAUUGGAUAUACGAACAUGAAUGGAGUUGAACAAAGUCGGAAUGCCCAAAGAGAAGCUGCUCUGAACAAAUUUCGGCAAAAAAGAAAAGAAAGGUGUUUCGAGAAAAAGGUUCGAUACCACAGCAGGAAGAAACUGGCGGAACAGAGACCACGUGUUCGUGGACAAUUUGUGCGGCAGGCUGCCAACGAGAUCAGAGGGAAGGAGACAAAUUCCUGACCUUUUAUCCUGAUGAAGACAUGGGAUUUCGUGGUCGAUCUGAUCUGCACAUUGCACCCAACAUUUAUUAUGUUGUGAUUGAAGACAUUCAGAAGACACCGCGGUACUAUAUUUAUAUUGUGGACUCAUGUUGCUACGGCUAUGCUGCCACAAGAUGGUAUGCUGUGAACCUAAUCUAGGAUAUCUCUAGAGACAUCGUGUGCUGUUUGUUUCUACAAGACAUUCUGCAUAAAUAAAUGCUAGAAGUCUGAUUUUCA